AUGGCAACAUUACCAUCAAGUAAAUCAACUAGUAAAGUAGCUAUAACAUCAGAAGUAGAGGAAGAAGUGAUAAAGGACCACACAUUUCAAGAAAUAGAAAAAUUACAAGACUUGGGAAUAAACGCUGCAGACAUAAACAAAUUAAAAGGAAGCGGUUAUUGCACCAUCCUUUCUUUAAUUCAGACAACAAAAAAAGAAUUAUGUAACGUUAAGGGUAUAUCUGAAGCUAAGGUUGAUAAAAUAUUAGAGGUUGCUUCAAAGAUAGAAAAUUGUUCGAGUUUUAUUACAGCUAAUGAAUUAGUUCAAAAAAGGAGUAGAGUAUUAAAGAUAACAACAGGAAGUACAAUCUUUGAUCAAACACUAGGAGGUGGAAUAGAAAGUAUGUGUAUUACCGAAUUGUUUGGAGAAAACAGAUGUGGAAAGACUCAAGUAUGUCAUACCUUAGCUGUUACGGCUCAGUUGCCAAAAAGUCUUAAUGGGGGCAACGGCAAGGUUUGCUAUAUUGAUACUGAAGGAACUUUCAGACCUGAAAAAGUUUGUAAGAUUGCCGAAAGAUAUGGAUUAGAUGGUGAAGCAGUAUUAGAUAAUAUUUUAUAUGCUAGAGCUUUUACACAUGAACAUUUGUAUCAACUACUAGCCAUAUCUGCAGCGAAAAUGUGUGAAGAACCCUUUGCUCUUCUGGUAGUUGAUUCGAUUAUUUCACUCUUUCGAGUUGAUUUCAGUGGAAGAGGUGAAUUAUCUGAGAGGCAACAGAAAUUAAACAAAACAAUGUCUAUUUUAUCAAAACUAGGUGAACAAUUCAAUAUAGCUAUAUUAAUAACUAAUCAGGUUAUGUCCGAUCCAGGAGCAACCAUGACCUUUAUAGCUAACCCAAUGAAACCAGUUGGUGGGCAUGUUAUUGGUCAUGCUUCGACCAUAAGAUUAUCAUUAAGAAAAGGCAAAGGAGACCAAAGAGUUUGCAAAGUUUAUGAUGCACCAAACCUACCUGAGGUGGAAUGCAUCUUUCAAUUAUCGGAUAACGGUGUCAUUGAUGCAACAGAUUAA